CUUUGGAAGAAAAGAGGGCUCGACCGAGUCUGUCGGACAGGUCGCGCAAGGGCGACUUUGAGCGUAGGAGCUGAAUUUUGAGUGAAGCCUUCGAAGUUCUUGUGGAUCGGGUUGCCGCCUAAAAGCCCGUGGUUGAACGACAAUUUUAAAGAAUUGGUUUUGGGGUUGGUUGGAAGUGCAAGGAAGAGAAGAGGAGAGACGGGGGUUGCAGCUGGUCGGGGAUCGAGUUGUUGUUGCGUUUGCAAAGAGAGAGAAAAUGGCCACAAACAAGAGGAGGAAGUUGGAUGGCGGCAGCGGCAGCGAGAGCGGGGGUUCUACGCCGACCGUGAGCGCGUUUGCAGCGCGGCAACAAUUAUGGGGAGCGGCACUUGCGAGAAAGAACGUCAGCGAUGAGAAGAAGAAGGCUGCCCCAGAGCCAGUGUUGGAAGAUUCCCGGUCUACCCAGUCGAGAAAGAAGAGUGAGACCCCUUCGGCUCGGUCUGUGGUAGGCUGCCGGACCAAGCGCCAGUCCCCAGAAGCGCCAGUCGUGGUCAAUGUGAAGCAAACACAGGGUAUCGAGGUCGGAACGGGAGUAUCAGGUCCCUCUACGCCCGGCCCCGAGUCCAACGGGAUACUCGUCAAGCACCACUCGACCUUCAAGCCUAAUAAGAAAAACCUCCAAAGAAAACCCGGCGGCCGUGUUGUUCUCAGCGCUUCUGAAGGAGAGCGGUUAGUUGUUCUUGGGAGUUUCGGCAUCAAGAUCCGCGAGGGCGAAGCUACGUUUGCCGGGGCCAUCUUGACACCAUCCGACGCCGUACAAUGGGUUCAUGCUCCCCAUUGCCAUGCCGUGGCCGUUCUCCGAACCGCCGACGAUACGGUGCUUGAACUUCAGCCCCAUCCUGCUGCCAAGGGGCUGAGGCAACUAGCAGCACUGAAUCCCGCCUUUGCCAAACUGUGGAAUGAGAGUCCACAAGCAACGGCCUCAAAGUCAAAGUCCUCUACGACUUUCCAAAUAAUAUACACUUCGCAGGAUGUCCCUAAGAGGGCCGUGCUGCAAGAACUCGUCUCUCCGGCGCAAUGGAACAAAAAGCUAUCGGGACUGGCCGCAGCGAAACGGAAAGGGACCCCCGUGAUCUUUCUCUGUGGGCCCAAGUCAUCGGGAAAGUCAACAUUCGGGCGACUCCUGACGAACCGCUUGAUAACCGAUCGUGCCGGCUCCAAGAACCGGCCCUGGUCGGGCGUAAUGGUUCUCGACAUAGAUCCCGGGCAGCCCGAGUAUUCUCCUCCUGGAAUCAUCUCCCUGUCUAAUAUCACCAUACCGAAUCUGUCUCCGUCCUUCUGCCACCCCACUCUCACACCAGAAGAAGGCCAACUGCGGGCCCACGCCAUCGCAUCCGUCACUCCAGGGCUCGAUCCGGCUCAUUACAUCGAGUGCGUUCUCGACCUCCUCACACACUACCAACGCGGCCCCGACCCCAAACCACCGCUGGUGGUCAACACACCUGGCUGGGUCCAAGGCACCGGCCUCGAUAUCCUCACCGAGCUAAUCAUGGCCAUCCGCCCGACCGAAGUCAUCUACAUGUCACAGGACGGCCCCGAAGAAACAGUCAACAGCCUCCAAGCGGCCUGCACGGCCACCGCCCCUUCAACCCCCUUCUCCACCCUCCCCUCCCAGCCCAGCGAGGCGUCGUCCGCGCGCACAUCCCUCCACUUCCGCACGAUGCAGACAAUGUCCUAUUUCCACUUGCACCCGCCCACCCAGCAGCCCUACCCGACCUGGGAUCCCACGCCACUGAGCGAGCUACGCCCCUGGCGCGUACGCUACGCCGGGAAAGACAGAGGCUUCCUCGGCAUCCUCUGCUACGACCACCAGCCGGCACCCGAACUCCUCGCCGAGGCUAUCAACGGCACAGUCAUGGCGCUGGUCAGGCUGGAAAACCGCGCCGCACUGGGGGAUCUCCUCCCCGACACCGACACCGACGCCGACGCCGGCGCCCACCCCAACUCCUUCCCCCCUUCAAACCAAACAACCACCACCACCACACCUUCCAUCAACGAACCAUCCAAACAACCCCCCCAAGAAUCCAAACCCAAUACCCCCGCACAAAACAAAGAAGAAGAAGAACCCCAAAACCAAAAAGAACACCGCCUCCCCCUCCUCCCGAAUCCACAAUCCCGCCCCCUCCCCCCACAGCACUCCCACCUCCUCGGCCUCGUCCUGGUCCGCGGCGUCGACACCGUCCGCGGCGAGCUGCAGCUGCUGGCCCCGCGGGCGGCGAUCGAUGGCGUUAUUGGUCUUCUCGGCGCGGGUAGUAGUAGUAGUGGUGGUGGUGGUGGGUUGGCUGGAGGUGAGACGGCGGCGGCGGGGAUGGGGUUGGUGCUGGUUGCGGGGCGGUUUGAUGCGCCUACGUGGGCGUAUGGGGAGGAUUUGUAUCUGAGGGGGGGUGGGAAGGGGGGCGGUGCGGGUGAGGAUCGGGGGUUGGGUGUGCAGGAGGAGGAUGGGAGUGACGAUGAGAGUGCGAGCGAGGAGGAGAGUGAAGGUGAGAGUGAGAGCGGGGGUGGGGACGAUGUGGGUGGUGAGCAGGAGGCGGGGGGCAGGAAAUCGCGGAGGGUGGUUGGGGAGGUGCCGUGGGUGGAGAUGUUGCAUGGGAGCCAGAGCCGGGCUGUGGGGAGCAAGGUGUGGAGGGUGAGAAGGGAUUUGGGGAGGAACUGAUAAAUGGCAAGCCUUUAUAUGUCUCGGCGAUAUCGUCAGUGUGUCGCAUACAGAUCACGGUUACCUGGAGAAGAAUCGAUGCAGUCGGAAGGAACCAGUCUAAGGUAUCAUAUGCGUGUACAUCGACAGGAUGUACAGCGAAGUCAUAGAUCAUUCCGCCAUACCGCUAUGCAUCCACCCAAACAACUACCUAACGCAAACUAACCCGCGCGCAAGUCACAAACACACCACCGCCCCUGCGCAGAGGGGCAGUCACCCCCGCCGCCAGGACUACCCCUAGCAAGAGAAGGCGUCCGGGCCCGGGACGCUGUAGGAGUCGGAGGGCGACAUGGAGUAGAUGUCGACGACGAUGCCCGGGUCGUCGGCGGGGUAGGCACCAGGGAAGCUGACGGUGUCGGUGGGGA